GGCUGGCGGAGGGGGGAAGAUACCUGUUCAAAUCUGGGACAACCGCCGUCUCAGAAGUACCGCAUUUCCCGGAGUUUAGUUGAAAUAAAUCUUUUUAAAGUAGUUUAAAAGAAGCGAUGCUAGAGACUGCUGUCGGGAUGGAGGCGCGACACUACAGCAGCGACGUGGACAGUAUUUCGAACAGAAUGGAGAAGUCCUUGUGUGUGGACAUGGAGGACCCUCUGGAGACAUACAACAGGUUGGUUCAGGAGGCUAAAGCUGCCGGCCGCGGUGGAGACAUGCACAAAGCCCUGACCCUGUUUGAAAAGGCCUACCUCAUCCGCCCAAGCGACAAACUAAAGUCACGCAUCCAGAAAGUCAAAGAGUUUUUAUCCGAGGAACAGUCGGAGGACGAAGACGACGAAGAGUUUGUGGACGUAAACGGCUGCGGCCUGCUGCUUUUCAAAGAGCUUCACCAUAAACUCUACGAUUACCAAAAACAGGGCGUAGCGUUUCUGUACAGUCUUUACCGUGACAGGCGAAAGGGAGGCAUUCUGGCUGACGACAUGGGCCUGGGAAAAACCAUACAAGUGAUUUCGUUCCUGUCUGGAAUGUAUGAUGCUGAGCACGUUAAGUUCACGAUGCUGAUAGUACCGACAUCUCUGAUCACAAACUGGACCAAGGAGUUUGCAAAAUGGACGCCCGGGAUGAGAGUUAAGGAGUUUCAUGGGACAAGCAAAAGCGAGCGCACAAAAAAUCUGGAGAAAGUUCAGCGAAGAGGCGGAGUCAUAAUCACCACGUACAACAUGCUGCUCACCAACUGGCAGAUCCUAUCGGCGCAUAAUGGGAGGGAGUUCACUUGGGAUUACAUGAUUCUAGAUGAAGCACACAAAAUCAAAAGUACAGCGACCAAAACGGCGAAAAGUGCAUCUGCGAUUCCAUCAAAGAAUAGAGUUUUGCUCACAGGAACACCGGUGCAGAACAAUCUACGCGAGAUGUGGGCGCUGUUUGAUUUUGCGUGUCAAGGAGCGCUGCUCGGAACCGCCAAGACGUUCAAAGUGGAGUAUGAAAACCCAAUCACAAGGGCGAGAGAGAAGGACGCCACGCCCGGAGAGAAGGCGCUUGGCUCACGAAUGUCGGAGAACCUUAUGGCCAGAAUCAAACCACACUUUCUCCGUAGAACCAAAGCAGAAGUGCAGAAGUCAAACAGUCCCGAACAGGAAACCAGAGACAGGAGUGCGAAUGCAGAGAGAGAUGAGACAGAUUCAGAAGCGACGAUGCCGAAGUUAACGCGUAAAAACGACCUGAUAGUUUGGACGUAUCUGAGCGCGGUGCAAGAGGACAUUUACAGACAGUUCAUUUCGCUGGAUCACAUCAAGGAGUUGCUAAUGACAACCAAAUCACCACUCGCGCAGUUAACCAUUUUAAAAAAGCUUUGUGACCAUCCGAGACUGCUGUCUGCCGGCUCGAUGGCGAAACUCGGACUGGACGAUCAUUAUGACGGAGACUCGGAGGGAGAUACAGGGCACGACAUCACCAACGUACCUGACGACACGCUCAUCUCCGAAUCGGGUAAAAUGGUGUUUCUUUUUGCGCUUUUGGAGAGGUUGAGGGAAGAAGGCCAUCGCACACUUGUUUUCGCUCACUACCGCAAAGUUCUGGACAUACUGGAGAGAAUUUUGAAAAACCGCGGAUUCAAAGUCAUGCGAAUGGAUGGCACAAUUACGCACACAGCUGAACGCGAACGCAGGAUAACUCUGUUCCAGAAAGACCAGAGCUACACAGUUUUCCUUUUAACGACCCAAGUGGGAGGAGUUGGAAUCACGCUAACGGCGGCGAAUCGCGUUGUCAUCUACGAUCCCAGUUGGAAUCCCGCCACAGACGCGCAAGCUGUGGACCGUGCUUAUCGCAUCGGGCAAAAAGAAAACGUUGUGAUAUAUAGAUUGAUUACGUGCGGAACAGUCGAGGAGAAGAUUUACAGGCGCCAGGUUUUUAAAGAUUCGCUGAUUAGGCAAAACACGGGCGACAAGAAGAAUCCGUUUAGGUAUUUUAGCAAACAGGAGCUGAAGGAGCUUUUCACGCUCCAGGAUACAAAAUCAUCGACUACACAGAUGCAGCUGCAGGCGUUGCACUCGAGGCAGAGGUGCACAGAUGCGGAGCUUGACGAGCACAUCGCACACCUUCACGCCAUGGAGAUGUUCGGCAUUUCGGACCAUGACCUGAUGUUUUCGGUGAAUGUGAACCAGGAGGAGGCGCUAGAGGACCAGGAGGCGCACCGGUACAUCGAGGGGCGUGUGCAGAAGGCACAGGAGCUGAUGAAGGCGGAGUGCGACUUACAGACGCAGCUGGCCCAGAGCAUGGCAUCCAGCACAGAGGCGGCCUGGUUAAGAAUGGACCAACCGCCCAGAGAGAGGAAGCCCCGGUACCCCACACAGGAUUUGGAGAGUCCCGUGGCGCACUCGUACCAUGAUCCCAGAGCUGUGAUGGAUCUGGACCAGUCUGGUUCGCCUCAGGAGAUUUCAGUGGAGAAGAACGUGAUCGAUCUUACGGGGGAGCAGAGCAGUGAUGAUGCCAAAGAAAAUAGCUGCGAGUUACAAGAAGAAACCCGCAAAAUCAAAACUGAAAGAGUCAGCUCCCGAAACGCUGAGCAACACAACUCUAUAGAGCAUGAAGAAGUGGUGAUUUCUGAUGAGACUCAACAAAAUGGUGUUCACCCUACUGGAAAUGUCAAAACAGAAAUGCCCCACUUCAGUCACAAUGGAGAUGUGUCUAUGAAUGAUUUUGAAGCGUGGCAAAAUGAUCAAAACGCCAAUACAUCGAUGGUAAACGGCCACAAAAACGUUCUAGAAGAAAUGGAAAAUGUCGAUUGCUCCAUGAAUAACUUGGUGAUUGAGGAUUCUAUUGAAGAAGUUAUGGACACCUCUGCUCAAAAUCUAGAGUGGAAAUCUGAAGUACAAAAUGGCGUCAAAAAUGUGAUCGAAGAUUUGUCUGAAAAUAGAAUUGUUGAAAAUCUCAAAAUUGACCAAUCGACUGGAGACAGCAGCUUGAGCUAUUUCACUGCCGAUGAUAACGAAAAACCGCAACGAGGUAAAGCAGAUCUGAGCGACUUCCACGACACGCCCCUAAAGAAUAAACAGGUUUCUAUGUUGCAAGCUAGCUUCAAAUCUGAAAACAGGUCUAGUUCUAGCUACGUUAUGGACUCCUUGGAAGGCGAUUUUAACCUACAACUGGAUGAUGACAGCGAUAUAAUUACAAAUAAUGACAUUUUUAACGAUAAAAAGCAAACGGAGGAAGAGGAGAGAAAGAUUCUGUCCAAACUACAGCUUGAAGGUAGUUUUGAUGUUGACAAAUCAUUGGCAGAACAUCACAACAGGGAAAAGUCCAUAAUCAAUGAUGCCUCAGAGGUGAACGCUUCGGCUAAUGAUUCUAUUGUUGCCACGGUGCGAAAGAAGCGCGUGGCGAGGAUAUAUAGCGAUGACGAAGAUGAGGAAGAAGAGGUACAGGAGAAUCCGAAUGGGAAGGAUUUCGAGGGAUCCUUUCACAUGUUGGGAGCGUCGACCCCGAAAGCUGCUGGAACUCUGAACCGCUCAAGGAAAAGCCUCAAUGCAUCAGUUGCCUCCAGAAGGUCGUUUGUGAUGUCGCUGAUUGAUGACAUCGACAACCAGGAAGAGGGAGAGGAGAGCGGAGGGAGCGCACGGGAACAUGGAGAGACAGAGGAGGAGUCUGAGGGAGAAGAGGAGUCUGAUGCCCAGCCCGAUGAAGAGGGCGAUGAGGGGGAGUCCGAGGGCAGAAGGGGUGUGUCCAUGGACCACUCUGAGGCGGAGGAGGGCGAGCUUGGUUUGACGUGCGAGGAGUCUGAGCCAAGCGGAGAGACGCUGCACACAGAGGAGGAAGAGGAAGAGGAGGAAGAAGAGGAAGAAGAAGAAGAAGAAGAGGAGAAGGAGGAGGAGGAGGAAACACAGGAGAGUGCGGAGCUGUCCUCAGGUGAGCGGAUGGAGAGACUCGCAGCUCAAACGGAGGAGGAAGAGAAACGGGAGGAUUACGAGAUGGAGGUGAAGAGAGGCAGAGAGUGUCUGACGCGAGGACAACGAGAAGAAGCACUCGGUCACUUCCUGCGAGCAAUCGAUAUGAAACCUGGAGACGCAGAGAUCCAACUGCUCACCAUCCAACUGUACAGGCAGCUAAGCCAGAACAAAUAUUAAAGCCAUCAUAUUACUCUGUACUUUCAUCUUACUUUGAUAAUGUUGUUUCCUCAUCACAAACAUACCUCGAGUUGUUUGUGAUGAGGAAAUGCAAACGUUUAAUGCACAAACCCUGCGUAUUUAGGCUGAGUUCUUCUCUCAAACUGAAAACACUCUGUUCCACCUUGUGAUGUCAUGUGGUAAAACAGAAGUGCUCCACUGUGUUUUUAAACUUCAUACACGCUCACUAGAAUCAUUUGGAUGAUUUCAGCCCUACAGUUUGUAAUCUCUACUGAAGUAGAGGUAAAAAGUAGCUGUUGACCUCAAAACUACCACUUCAUGACAUCCCAAGGUGGAACGGAGCGUUUUGAGGUAGACAGACAAAUAAUAAAGGGUUACUCAACCAAAACAGAACUCCAGGCAUGUGUUUGAGGAGGUAACAACAUUACCACAUGGCAUAAAGCUCACAAGAAUCACUUUUGUAUAAUAUUGGAUCUUUUAAACAGCUACUCCACAGGCCACAGCUGCCCCGGGGCACACUGACCGAGAGAUGACAGUCAGUCUGCACAAACGGACUCUCGAGAUUGAUCGGUGUUGUAGGCCUGUCACGUUAAAACAUUUUGAAGCACGCUGUGUUGCUACAGAUCACCAUACAAUAUCACCAUAAACAAUGAUACUGAAACCACUUUACGCCACUUAUACAAAAAUAAACCAAUUUUUAAAUGGACUGUCUCAUUAAAAGGCCAAAUAACAGAAUGAAGUCGUAAUUAGCCAUGGAAGUAACUUAUUCAACCUUCUACAACUCAGAUCUUAUUACAACUAAAAUUACAAAAAUCUCACCAUUAUCGCAAAGAAAAAGUCAACAUGAUGAAAACUGAGCCCCUAAAUUUGUUGUUCCAGGCUUCCAGCUCUAAUUUAUUGAGCCAUGAGUCAAUAUAGUAAUUACAGUGACAGUCCCAUCGAUACAGGGUUUGUUCAGGACAGAUGCUGACAGUUUAGAAUGCAGAGGAGCCGAUGGAUUAUAAACUCUGUCGAUAUAUAGGGCCAGUUUUGAUUAUUGUCUCCAAAUAAUCUCAUAUGAGUCCUCACGAUCUUGUUUUGCCAAAAACUGGAUAAGGAGCAGUGUAGUCUCAUUUGAACACUUUGAGGCAAAGGGAUAGCUGCACAGAAGAUGCUUUAUGUACUUCCUGUAGGCCCAAGCAAAAUAUCGC